UAACUUCACAUCAACUUCUAAUACUAAUUGCCAUUGUAAGAAGAAGAAGAAAAAACUGGAUCUGUUUGUAUUUGGCUCCAAUUAAUUCUUUCUCCAGCACCGCCAUGGAGCAUUUGAACAAGCAAUUGGAAGAAGGCUUCCUCCACCACCACCAUGAACAGCGCCUCAUCAGCCACCGUGAAGUCGCCAACGGCGACAAGUUGGAACCGCCGGAGAGUUAUAACGAAAAGCCAUACUACGACGACGAGAAGCCCUACAGCAAGAUAAAGCUGAUGAACAAGCUCCACUUCAUCAACACGAUGAAAGCCGAGAAGAUGAAGAACGCCGUCGUCUCCAAGCUCCGGAUCGCCAAGCUCAGGGAUUUGGCCCUUCAAUUCAUCAGCAUGUUACUCCUCCUCUGCGUCCUCUUCCACUGGAAACCACUGCGCCGCGGCGGCGGCGGGGAUGUGGCCGACUCUGAUUUCUACAAGUCUCUCCCUCCCGAGAGGGUUUACGAGAGCAAUGGAUACUUGAUGAUAUCUUCCAAUGGAGGACUGAACCAAAUGCGUUCCGGAAUAUGUGACAUGGUGGCCAUUGCAAGGUACUUGAAUGUCACAUUAAUUGUUCCUCAACUCGACAACACCUCCUUCUGGAAUGAUCAGAGUCAAUUUGCUGACAUUUUCAACGUGGACUACUUCAUUGAAUCUCUAAGAGAUGAGGUCAAGAUACUGAAACAACUGCCUGAAGACUCAAAGCUGAAGAUCGCCGAGUCAGGCUCCUUAUACUCUAUGGCGCCGGUCAGUUGGUCCAACAUGUCAUAUUACUACAACAAGAUCCUGCCACGAAUCAAGUCAUUCGAUGUCCUUCACCUCACAAAAUCAGACGCCAGACUGGCCAACAACGGCGUUCCAGAGGAAGUUCAAAAGCUGAGGUGCAGAGUCAACUACCAGGCGUUGAGGUUCGCUUCUCCGAUCGAGAAGCUUGCCAAGAAAAUCGUUAGAGUUCUCAAGCGCAAUGGUCCGUUCUUGGUUCUCCACCUCAGGUACGAGAUGGACAUGUUGGCCUUUUCGGGGUGCAACGAAGGAUGCUCGGCCCAAGAGAUUCAGGAGCUCACGGCAAUGAGGUACGCAUACCCAUGGUGGAAAGUGAAGGAGAUCGACUCGGAGAAAGUGAGGCGACAAGGGUUGUGCCAUCUGACACCAGAGGAAACUGCAAUGGCGCUUCGAGCGCUGGAUGUUCACCCCAAGAUUCAAAUCUACAUCGCGGCGGGAGACAUCUAUGGAGGGGAGAGGAGGUUGGCGAGCCUGAGGGAAGCAUUUCCGAGGCUGGUUAAGAAGGAGACGUUGCUCCCGGAGAAAGACCUGGCGCCGUUUUGGAACCACUCCAACCAGAUGGCUGCAUUGGACUACCAUGUGGCCGUCGAGGCUGACAUUUUUGCUCCGACAUAUGGCGGGAACAUGGCCAAAGUUGUUGAAGGCCAUAGAAGGUUUUUAGGGCAUAGGAAGACUAUAUUGCUGGACAGGAAGGCUAUUGUGGGGUUGGUUGAUCGGUACACAAAUGGAGACAUGAGUUGGGAUGAAUUCUCGACAGCAAUGAAGGAAGCUCACUCGGAUAAGAUGGGACAGCCAACUAGGAGGUUGGAGAUUCCUGGAAAGCCAAAGGAUGAAGACUACUUUUACACAAAUCCACAAGAGUGUUUGCCUGAUCAUCACCUUCAAGAUUGAGAAAAAUGGGUUCCGCAAAAGUUGGUUUUAAUUUUGUGACAAUGUGUACAUAAGUACAUUAACUGUACAAUCAAGUCUUGGCAGCAUGAUCAUGAUUGGAAAAUAAUUAUUUUGCAUUUCAUGGGUGCUCUGUUGUAUGGGCGGGUGAGGAAUGCAUUUUACUCGCUCACUUUCUUUUGUUCUCCUCAGCAAUGAAAUUGGUUAUAUGGA